UAAAAGUGGGAAGAAGAGUUGGAUUUGGAUUGGAAGCCCAAAGACUAGGAUGUUCUCUCUUUGACUCCCCUUUCUCUCUGUGUACCUCCUGAUUAUCACGUGAUCCCUGACCCAGCUGCUCCCAACUCCUUUUGUCACGUACUGCUCGCUUCUCUCUCACUCUGUCUCUCUACUCUCUAGUAUAGUACUACUUCUCAAAUCUAAAAUACUAUUCUCCCAUAACCAAUUUAGCAACCACAUAAAAUGGGAAAAUCAACAUAGUAAACAAACUUUUUCUUCAUUCAUCUGUUCAACAAUGGCAGCAAAGAGAAACCACUCAACCAAAUGGAUAAUCCUCUCACUCUUACUACUCAUGAAAACUUCAUUCUCCAACUCCUCCAAACUCAAAACCACACCCUCGCCUCUCUCAGAUCCUACUUCCCUCUUAGCAUUCAAAUCAAAAGCUGACAUAAACAACCACCUCAACUUCACCACCAAAACCCAUUUCUGUAACUGGGAAGGUGUAGAAUGCAACGGACCCAAAGUAGUCCGUCUCGUUCUUCGAAGCUUAGAUCUCGGCGGCGUCUUCGCCCCUCACACAUUAACCUUCCUCGACCAGCUCCGCGUUCUCAGUCUACAGAACAACUCUCUCACCGGAGCCAUACCUGACCUCUCUGGUCUCUUCAAUCUCAAAACGCUCUUCCUUGAUAACAACCACUUCACUGGUUCACUUCCAGUUUCUCUUUUCUCUCUUCACAGAAUAAAAACUAUAGAUUUCUCUCACAACAAUCUCUCUGGAGCUAUACCUGUAGAUUUCAUAAACCUCGACCGUCUUUAUUACCUUCGUUUAAGCUUCAACGCUUUCAACGGUACUAUUCCUCCUUUUAAUCAGUCUACUAUCCGAACUUUUGAUGUCUCCGGUAACAAUCUCUCCGGCGCAGUUCCGUUAACCACCGCGCUUUCUCGUUUUCAGCCGUCUUCUUUCGCUUUAAACCCUAAUCUCUGCGGAGAAAUCAUUCGGAAAGAAUGUCGUCCAACUACGCCGUUCUUUGCUCCUACCUCGCCUCCGGCUGUUGGAAUCGGUCAGAGCGCGGAUGUUCACGGUUUAAUCCGGCAGCCGUACGAGAAACACAAACACAAUCGGAAAGCGGUGAUAAUCGGGUUCUCCGCCGGAAUAAUGUUUCUAAUACUUUCCUUGACGUGUUUCGCGGUGGUGGUUAAGAAACAGAGGAAGAAGAAAGGUAAAGGCUCUUCCGGUUCAAGCGUGAUGGCUUCGGAUGCGGCGGCGACGGCGGAAGCUGCGGUUGUGAUGCAAAUGGAGCAAGAGAGGGAGUUAGAGGAAAAGGUGAAAAGAGCUCAAGUUGCGAAGAGUGGUAGUUUAAUAUUCUGUGCGGGUGAGUCGCAGGUGUAUACGCUGGACCAGUUGAUGAAAGGCUCUGCGGAGCUUUUAGGUAGAGGGUGUUUGGGUACAACUUACAAAGCUGUGUUGGAUAACCGUUUGAUUGUAACAGUGAAGCGGUUUGAUUGUGGGAAAAUGGGUGGACACGUAAGCAAAGAAGUGUUCGAGCGUCACAUGGAAUCAGUUGGUGGACUUCGUCAUCCAAAUUUGGUUCCUUUAAGGGCUUAUUUUCAAGCAAAUCAUGAGAGACUUAUUAUCUAUGAUUAUCAACCCAAUGGGAGUUUAUUCUCCCUCAUACAUGGUUCCAGAUCAAGCAGGGCAAGGCCAUUGCACUGGACGUCAUGCUUAAAAAUAGCAGAGGAUGUAGCACAAGGGCUUUCUUACAUCCACCAGGCAUGGAGACUGGUCCAUGGCAAUCUCAAAUCCACUAACGUUCUCCUAGGACCCGAUUUCGAGGCUUGUGUCACAGACUACUGCCUGUCUGUGUUGACUAAUCCAUCUACCUUUGACGAGGUUGGUGAUUCGGCACCCUAUAGAGCUCCAGAGACUCGCAAUCCAAAUCACCAGCCGACCCCCAAAUCCGACGUUUACGCAUAUGGUAUUUUGUUACUAGAGCUUCUGACGGGGAAAUAUGCUUCCGAGCUCCCAUUCAUGGUGCCGGGUGAUAUGUCAAAAUGGGUGAGAUCAAUCAGGGACGACAAUGGGAGCGAAGACAACAGAAUGGAUAUGCUUCUUCAGGUGGCUACAACUUGUAGCUUGAUCUCUCCUGAGCAGAGACCCACAAUGUGGCAGGUCUUGAAGAUGUUACAGGAAAUCAAAGAGAUUGUACUAUUGGAGGAUAGCGAAGUCGAUGUACGCAAUAGUAAUGCCGUUGCCCUGUCUUAGAAUUCUUUUUGUUUUUGUUUUUGGGCUUGUUAUAGGAGGAUAGAAAGACAGAAGAGUAGUGUGAACUAGGGUUAAAACAAUUAAGAGUGAGGUACAAAACUUAUGAAUUUCACUAUGUGAUAGUAUUAAUUAGACUAUUGGAAUGUUGAUAGAAUGUGGGGUGCACUUAACUUCCUCAUUUGGGCUUGUCUAUUGCUGAUGCCUGAGCUUGAUUCCAUUUUUAAAGAAAGCAAUAAGUUAAGGGAUUGUUAA